ACCGCCAGCAGCGCUCGGGGUUUUUGUUUUCCCUCUUGGCCCCCCGGGAGAGCAGCGGGAGGAGCGUGUAGCUGGUGAUGGAGCAGUGAGCAAAGUGGUUUUAGAGGGCUCGGAGGAACUCCUGGUCCUCUGGCCCGGCUGUGACCCUCGGUAAUGCUUCUGCAUCCUUGGGUGAUGAGCAUUACCACGGACCCCGCUGCACGCUGGUGGCUGUGAAGACCCCCAGCAGCGAUGGAGACCCCCUGCCUGACCUGGCUGCAGAGCUUCAGCAAGCCGUGCCGCCUCCUGCUCUAUGCACUCGCCUCUGGCUCCUCCGGGACGCUGGCUGCCCUCCGAAUGCUGCAGCGGGUCCAGGCCCAUGAGGGACCAGGGCAGCCAUUUUCCUGGCAGGCCUUCACUGCAGCCCUGUGCGCCGAGGAGCCCACGCUAGAGGGGCCGGAGGGUGCCCUGGCUGUCAAGCCGCGUCUGCUGCUGCUCCCCGUUGUGUGCCAGAGAAACCUCUUCUCCCUGCUGCAUGUGGUGCAAACUGUGGUGCCAGGGGGUUGCCUCAGCCAGCUGCUCCAGGCCGUGGAGCAGGAUUCCCACUUGGAUCCCUGGGUGCAGAUGCUGGGGGAUCUGCUCCGUCAGGGAUCAAGGGGAGAGGAGUGCUCCUCACCUCCCGCUCCCUUGUCAGCUGCAUGCCAGCAGCAGCUUAGGUGUCUGUGCCGGAAAAUUGCCCAGAACAAACCAGAAGGGCAAAGAAAACUGAACUGGUGCUUCAGCAAGCAGCCCGAUGCUGCUGGGGAUGUGGUUGACUCUGUGCUUCAAGGUGGGAAGCGCAAGAAAGUGUUGGAGGAGAGCCUGGAGUUGGACGAAGAGAGAGAGGGGAAGAAGUUGCUGCUGGAGGAAGCGGCGUUUGAACCCCCAGAAACCCAGGAGGGUUGGGAUGCAGCAGGGGUGGAAGAGGAGGUGCCUGGGGACCCUUCAGGGGACAGGUCUGCUCAGAGCCUGGCCGGAGAUGCUCUGGAAAGCUCCCAACAGGAUGUGGCCGGGGAGUCCAGGAAGAUUUCCCAGGCAGAGCUGGCAGCGGAGGUCCAGUCCUUUCUCCAGGUGCACGGACUGAGGCUGAAGAUGCUGCUGCAGAAGGAGUCCAAUUACUUGGACCUGAGCAUCCCACCUGAGCUACACAUCGUGAACAACUGCUCUCCCAGUCAGCUUGAGGGGCUGUGCUGCUUCCUCCAGCUCUCCACGUGCCCGGAGCACCUCCUGGUGCGUUUCUGCAGCUGGCUGCUGGAUCUCACCCCCAACCUCAGCUACACCAGCGCGACCAUCCUGGCAGAGCAGCUCUUCCUCCAGCGAGUCCUGUCCCUCACCCAGCCGCCCUCCCGUCACCUCAUGGCUGCCCUCGCUUCAUUUUGCUCCAAGUAUUCCCAGCCCUUCUGUCGCGUCCUGGUGGCUGCGGUCCUGCGGGAGCCGGGGGAAGGCGCUGAGCAGACCAAGCUGGUGUGCGAGCUCGUGGAGGAGUGCCUGGAGCCAGACUGUGUGCGACUGGUGCUAAGCCAAGUCCUAGAGGUGUCUUUGUCUGAGAAGCUCCUGCCGGUGAUGCAGGCCGUGCUGGGGCGGCAGGAGGUGCUGCCCCCUGAGCUCUUCGAUCGCUUGGUCCUGACUCUGUGCCAGCAGGCCCCAGCCUUUGCCACAUCACUGAAUUACGCCAAGCUGGUGACGGCUGUGCUCACCACGUACCAAAGCCAGGUCACCCCAGCACAUCGGAGCCGUCUGGCUGCCGCUCUGGAUCGGAGCAACGCGUCUCUGAAGAAAUCGCUGCAGGCUGUACUGGAAGGAGCGAGGUGAGCGUCAAAGGGAAACGCAGGGCGAUGGCUUCCUUGGGCAGAGGAUGCUCGUUAGGCAUUGGGAGCUGCAGCCCAGUCCCUCACUGGGGCUCACCGCCAGUGUGAUGGAGACCCAGUCAGCGUGGGCUGUGGCACACAGUGCCCUUGCUUCUGCCCGGCACCUUGCAGUGGCGCCUUGUGCUCGGCUGGCAUGGUUUGAGGUAGUCUAUCGCUGGUCAACAUCAUCUCAGCCCCACGCAUGCCCUGAGGCUUGAAGAUGAGAGUUUUCUUGGUUAAACAAUUAAUACAUUUCCAGUCGUCUUUGUGUCUGGUCCGUUUGUGGGCCACCUCGGAGCCUGUGGCCAUGGGCACCUCACCACACUCGAGAUGUCACCUCCCGCCCUGCCACACUCAAUGUGGCACCUCCUUCCUCACCUCUCCCAGGAUGGUGACACAGGAGGAGCUGUGGAAGGGCCGCAUGUCUCAGGGCCUGCAGGAUGUCUCAGGGCAGCGGCUCUCCUCCCUCUCACAACCUCCAGCAGUGCUGGCACCGCAAAGCCCUGGAUGUGAGGGGUGGCCCAGCUGCACAUCACCUGGACGAGGGGGGUAAUUGCAUAAAGGUGACUCCUUUGGAGAUAGUUUGUGUCUGGAAGGUGACUUUCUUUAAUCAGGAGAACAAAAAUUCCAUUAUUUUUGCGUUACUGAUGGAGCUGUGUUGGCACACAAGUACUUGAACCAUUCCUGAAGGCAGGUGGGGUGAUGCCACAGUGAUGCUGGACCCAUAGCCAGCUGCCAUUUUCCUUCAGAGGGGGAACGUCACCCGUUCUCCCUGUACGUUCACUUAUAAAAAAGGGUUUUUCAUCAGGCAGGUCCCCACGUUGCCUGACUGGGCCACAAGAAGCUGCAGACAAAGGAGAAGCCCCUCUCUGCUUUCAGAUCCCCUUUGGCUUGAUGAGUAUGCUGGGUGAUGUGAUGUCUCCUGCCUGUGCCAGCAUCUUUGAUAAGUUAUAAAUCUGAAGAGCUUGACUGAGCAUCCCUCAGUCUGGUUUGCAGGUGUCUCUACUUGUUUUAAUCAUUCUGUUAAAAAAUGGAGUGACAUGGCUGCAAUGUUUCCUGUGUGUACCCUUGUUUUGUUUGUCACAGCUGAGAAGCACGAUGCCUUCCUGGCAUCAGCCCUUGAUGAAGCAGGUUGCUUCUCCAGGGCUUCAGGUCUGCACAAAGAUGUCAAACCUCCCUCUCCUUGCUCCCAGUGGCAGCCUGGUAGUUAAUGCAAAGAGUCAUCUUGUCAAAAACCUCCACAUUUCAAGUGUUGUGAUGGCUUGCAGCACCUGGCAGGCAAUAUUGCAUGGAGUUCACAGGUCCUUAGUUCUUAAUGCCCUUAACACAUCACUGAAUCAAGAUGCAAACUGAUCUGAGGCUGGUUGAAGAUGGUAAUUCUGGACUAGGCUUAAUUGGCUAUCAUCAUUUUUAUCUUGGCUCGAAGGAGCCAAGGCACAAGUGCUACAUUUUGUGCACGUCAGCCUUUCUGUCUGACAGCUAAGCUGAUUUCUAGGUGAUGCAGGAGUGAUCUACUGGGUUGUUUAUCUGGUCUACUGGGAUUUACAAAUCUCAGCUGCAGGAGAGUGGGGUUUAGAUGAAGAACUGGUAAAUUUCAAUGUUCUUUAAAUCUGCCUUUUUUUUUUCCCCUGUUUGGCCGGGGCUUGCAAGAGGCCGUGUCCCACUUCUGCUUUUUUAUGUGGUGAUGAUGACACUUCCCAUUGCAAAGUAUUGAGUGAUACACUAAUAAAAAGUGCUUCUAUAGCGUGACUGUU